GGUGCUGCUGAAAUGGCCAUUUUUAGAUCAAAGUCAUGGCAAUAAUUUGUUUCAAAGGAGUGGAUGUCACAGGAAGAAAGAACGAAAGAAAACGGAAGGCGGCACUGCUGCAAUAUUGGGGUAGAAGGAGAAGGUCAGGUAGUUUCUACACGAAGAAGGUAAACUAGUGUGGAAACAAGGAUUACAAACAGUUUACUGCGAGUGCACAUUGCUAAGCAGUGACCAUCCACCAUGUUGUCCAGAUUGAGGACAACAUGGUCUCUGAGGCCCUGUGUCUCUGUCUAUAGAUGGGCACACACUAAAGAGAAGGGCAAACCUCUCAUGCUCAACCCUCGCACCAACAAAGGCAUGGCCUUCUCCCUACAGGAGCGACAAAUUUUGGGGAUACAUGGUCUGUUACCACCUAAGGUGGAGACUCAGGACAUUCAGGCUAUGCGUUUUCAGAAGAACCUCAAGAAGAUGACUGAUCCACUUGAAAAAUAUAUUUACCUGAUGGGAAUCCAGGAAAGAAACGAAAGGCUAUUUUAUAGAGUGUUGAUGGAAGACAUAGAAGAGCUGAUGCCAAUUGUCUACACUCCCACUGUAGGCCUGGCCUGUACACAGUAUGGACACAUCUUCAGGAGACCUAAAGGUCUGUUUAUUUCCAUUUUGGACAAAGGACAUAUUCGCUCCAUCCUGGACAACUGGCCAGAGACAAAUGUUUCAGCAGUAGUAGUCACAGAUGGCGAGCGGAUUUUGGGAUUAGGAGACCUGGGUGUUUAUGGAAUGGGAAUUCCGGUCGGAAAACUAUGCCUGUACACUGCCUGUGCUGGCAUUAGACCUGAGAAAUGUCUGCCUGUGGUGAUAGAUGUUGGCACUGACAAUGAGACUCUUCUCAGAGAUCCAUUCUACAUGGGCCUGUACCAGAAGAGAGACCGCUCUCAGGCCUACGACGAUCUGAUUGAUGAGUUCAUGGAGGCCGUGGUGGACAAAUACGGACAGGACACACUGAUCCAGUUCGAAGACUUUGGAAACCACAAUGCCUUUCGCUUCCUCAGGAAGUACAGGGAGAAAUACUGCACAUUCAAUGAUGAUAUUCAAGGCACUGCAUCAGUGGCACUUGCUGGUUUGUUAGCUACUCAGAGAGCUGUUGGAAAACCCAUCACUGAGCACAGAGUGCUUUUCUUAGGAGCUGGAGAGGCUGCCCUUGGUAUUGCAAAUCUUAUUGUCAUGUCCAUGAUGGAGAUGGGAAUGUCACAAGCUGAAGCCAGAGAAAAGAUCUGGAUGUUUGAUAAAUAUGGAUUACUUGUAAAGGGCAGAACAGAGGAAACGGACUCCAACCAGGAGGCAUUUGUUCAUGACAGUCCAGGAAAUGUAGAGAGCUUCCUAGAUGCUGUCAACAUCAUUAAACCAACAGCUAUCAUUGGUGUUUCAGGGGCAGGACGACUAUUCACCCAUGAUGUUAUAAAGGCCAUGGCAGCCCUGAAUGAUCGACCAAUUAUCUUUGCUCUGAGUAACCCAACCACUAAAGCAGAGUGCACCGCAGAGGAGGCUUACAUACUCACUGAUGGUCGAUGUCUCUUUGCCAGUGGCAGUCCAUUUCCUCCAGUGACUCUGAGCGAUGGUUGCGUCUUCACUCCUGGACAAGGAAACAAUGCCUAUAUCUUUCCAGGUGUGGCCCUGGCUGUGAUCCUGAGUGGAGUCAGACACAUCAGUGACACCGUUUUCUUGGAGGCUGCCAAGACUCUCGCAGAGCAGCUGACAGAUAAAGAACUUGCAGAAGGCAGGCUGUAUCCUCCUCUGUCUAACAUCAGAGAGGUCUCUCUCCAAAUGGCUGUCAAAGUGGUGGAGUUUGUCUAUGCCAAGGGCAUGGCGUUCCGCUAUCCUGAGCCUUUGGACAAGAAUGCCCUUGUCCAAGCCACUGUGUGGAACACCAACUAUGACUCCUUCAUGCCCGACACCUAUGACUGGCCAGCUGUCAGUUUCAGCCCCCACAACGACCAGUAGAACCACCCAGAACAAACUAGUGUCUCUCUGUUUGUCUUUCAACAUGUCUCUAAUUACAGAUCUUUGAAUACAUUAUCAUUUAGUUAGUGUGAAUGCCUUGUGUAUUGACUUUUUGUACUUCUGAGUUGCCGCCUCUGCACUAACAAUUUAUUUGGAGAAAUUAUUUGAACAAUCAAAGGCAGGUGUUACUAAAAUAACACAAUUAUUUUUUUAACCAUAAAGCCUGAGAUGUUUUAACAUGUUAAAUAAUGAGAAGUUUGUUCUUUUUGUUUGUUUUUUUUAGUCAAGGGAAAUCCUUUUCUUGUCUUUUCUUUUACAGGUAAGGUAAAAAUGUCAUUCUGUCCUUUUCAUGUCUGUACACUCCUAAAGCAGUCUAACUCAGAAGAGUCAUUUUUAUUUUUGUUGCCUACUAAACAUUUAAUGACACAUGAUUUAAUUAUUAAGGUUUUUCUUUUCAAUUGUUAAUAAAGUUCAAUACCUCAAAAAAGUUUAUUUUUUCCUAAUCUUAAAAUCUACUCAUAAAGAUUAAUAAUGUCUUAAGAAAAAUAGUGAAUGGAUAAUUAUUUUACAUAGAAUAAUGCCAGUCCAGGAAAUUCACCUAAUUUAUUUAUAGUAAUGAAACAGCCACACUUAAUAAUAGACUCGAGUUUAGUCUAAUAAAGAAGUCUAUCGAUGUCAAAGAAGUUUUUGCCAAUGCAUUCAACAUAAAUACUGUAUAAAUACAGAAGUUUUACUGCUUGAGAUGAUUCAGAAGAUUAUCUUUUAUGUUUAUAUAUUACUCUUCAUACAAUUUCUGGUUUUGAAUUCUCUUGCUUUCAUAAUAAAAAAAAGUAUAUCUAU